GCCCCAGCAUUACUUUUCCACUUAUAUUUUGUCCCUCUUCUGUAUUCGAUUAGAGGACUGGCAGUCGCAGCGGCCAUCCAGCGUUUUCUUCCUGAGUGACGUCAUGCACAUCGAAGCGGCCGUCCUGCAGGGUCACCACGUUCCCCUGAGGGUCUUUGUGGACAGCUGUGUGGCCACGGCAGAGCCCGAUCCCUUCUCCCAACCCAGAUACCCCUUCAUCAGCAACCACGGGUGUCUAACUGAUGCUAAGCUGACAGGAGCCAAGUCUUACUUCAUGCAAAGAAGCCGGCAGGAUAAACUUCACUUUCUGCUCAAAGCCUUCAGGUUCCAGCAAAAUCACAGCAGCUCGCUCUACAUCACAUGUCAUAUGAAAGUGACGACGGUCUCUGUUCCCAUCGACUCGCAGCACAAAGCGUGUUCAUUCCUCACUGAGGCCAACAGAUGGGUGGCGUCAGGUGGGGACAAUGAGGUGUGUGGCUGCUGUGAAAGCAGCUGCGACAAGCAGAGAUGGAGAAGAAGCCUCGUGGUGGACACUGGUCUUCCUCCGGAGCUGCAGUGGGAGGGGGUGGCCUCUCUAGGCCCCAUCCUGCUGGAGGAGAACGUCCUAGAAGAGGUGUCCGAGCUUCCUCCAGAGCCGCUCCCUCUGCUCCACACGCAGGAAGUUACUCAGACAGAUACGACAAUAUCCUCUCACCCGUCGAUAGACCUGCUGUGUGGAGUUGGUGCGGCGCUGGCCGUGGUGCUGCUAGUUCUCAUGGGAGCCGUCACUGUGAGCAGACUACACAAGCUCAAUGGAUACGAUGUCAAAACCUGAUCUAAGAGAAUAAAACCUUUAUACAAACCCA